AUGACAGACAUGGGUCAUGAGUUGCCGGCAGACCUCAUCUACGACAUCCUAUCAAGAAUGCCGGUCAAAUCUUUGGAUCGUUUCCGGUGUGUAUGCAAACAGUGGUGCAAGUAUAUCGAUGAACCUAACCUUGCCAUCAUCCAGAUGAAUCGAGACUCGAUUUUGGAGUUUGAAUGUAAGGCGCCGUUCUAUGAGUAUAACAGACACAACAUUAGAUGUUCUUCCAACGGGCUACUCUAUUUAUCAGAGUACAACGACACCAACUUUCCUUCAACCACUCUAUCUGUGAUCCAUCCUCUAAGGAAUCAACGUUAUGAGUUGCCACCUAUCAAGAUAAUGCAAUCAUAUGGCCUUGGUUUCGAUGCUUCUACCAAGACUUUCAAGAUGUUGGCCUCAGCCUUGGUGAAGAUUGGGAAGAGAAUGUAUACAGUGCAUACCAUGGUGCAUGUCUUGGGCACUAACUCAUGGCGAGAGAUAGCCCAAAUCCCACGUUAUCUCAUGAAGGGUAAGGGUAUAUUCGCACAUGCAUGUUUGCAUUGGUUAGGGUUUCGUCAUAAACAAAUGAGGCAUAUUGUACGUUUUGGGUUUCUUGAUGAGCCAUUACCACCUAAUCACAGAAAGAAAGUGGUACGUUUUGAUAUAAGGAAGGAGGAAUUCGAGCUGAUUGAUCCUCCUAGAAAAACAGGAGACGAUUGGGUUGAAACUAUGUUGGUUGAUUUGCAUGGUGAAGUUGGAUUAGUGUAUAAUAGUACCCACUCCUUUAGCAUGGAGUUGUGGGUAUUGAAGCAGAAUGAUCAAUGGAUGAUCUAA